AUGACAGGUAUUGCCUCAACCUCGUGUCUCGCACAAAUUGAGAGCUAUAAUGAGGGCGACGGAAGUACCUUAUUUAGAGCAGAUUUUAACACUUAUUUCGACAUCACAAGCUUCGUGACGUCAGGCUCGGAUUCGUUCGAGUACUCGGAGGAGUCUGCGGAGGCCAAGUACGCCUUCGACUGGGCCGUCCGCCACGCCUACUCCGGCAACGACUUCGGCCACCAGGAGGCCCGCGACGGCGACCACACCCAGGGGUCGUACUACGUGCAGCUCCCCGACGGCCGCCGGCAGACCGUCAGGUACGUCGUGGACGGCGACUCCGGCUUCAUUCCCGAGGUCGAGUACGAGGGCGAGGCUCGCUACGACUCGGCUGAGUCUCGGGAGUACGGGCGGCCCAGACCCGUGUACGCCGCCCCCGAGUCGGACGAGUCCAAGGAGAGUCGUCCCGUGUACACGCCCAGGCCCGUGUACGCCGCCCCGGACUCGGAGGAAUCACUAGAAAUCCCCGUGUACAUCCAGCAGGAGCCCAUUUACAGACCUGUGUACACCACACCUAGACCCGUGUACACCACACCCAGGCGAGUGUACACGACCCCUAGGCCCGUGUAUACGACUCCCAGGCGAGUGUACACAACUUCUCGGCCCGUGUACACGACACCCAGGCUCCGUGUACACGACACCCAGGCCCGUGUACACGACACCCAGGCCCGUGUACUCUGCUCCGGAAUCUGAGGAGUCCUACGAAGCCCCCGUGUACGCUCCUCCCCAGAGGUCCUACGGCGCCCCCCACUGAUGCUGCAGGGGAGAGGAUCUCGGCAAAGGCGCGAUUUCAAACAUUCAUGUAUAAUUUAUAUAAUUACAGAUGGUCAAUUUCUAAUUAAAGAUUAAAAUGUUA